AUGCAGGAUUGCAGUGGCAGGUUUGACAGGUUUACACCGUCAUCGAUCCCUAUCGGUAAAUGCUUACUUUCUAUGAAGAAAUACCGAACCACCCCACCCGCGCGCACCAAGAAAGAGUGGAACGUGAUAUACAUGACAAAGUCGACUGUUACGCAAGACGAACACGAGGUUACGAACCACGGUUGCACGACCUCAUGGCAGGAGAUGGAAAGAGACAGGCUACAAAGUCACACAGAGAGAGAUGGAAAAGCCGGACAGAAUAUGACAGAGAGUUGUGAGAGUCAAUUCUCUGUAAAAGUUGGGACGAUUACACCCCCUCCGGAGCCAUCUUACGAACCGUUGACAAAGCAUUGUCGUUUGGAGGCUCCUGGUCAAUGGAGCAGAGCAAAACGGAGCAACCGCAAGUAUCCAGCAAGGCUGCAACUCCACGGCACUGCCUUUUCGCAACCCGACCCAGAAAAGAUGCACUCGCCUUACUCAUUAACCCAAAUCUACCCGCCCCCCUUCCACUCUGACAGGCACACGAACAGCGCUUGA